AUGAGUGAUAAUAAGAAAGCAGUACAUCCACUAUCUAGAAAGGCAAAGAAGAUCACUAAGGCUGGUUUCAGAGUGGUUAGAAAAGAAAAGCAGGUUACAAUGAAGAAUAAAGAACAUACUGUAUUAUAUCAAAAAGUUAAAUACUUCCAAGAUAAGAUUAAAGAGACACCAAAGAAAGUAUAUACACCAAGAGAACUAUCGAGAUGGAUUGAAGAAUAUAUUAAUAGAAACGACGAUAAACUUCUGGGAGAAGAUGAAAUCAAAAAGAAAGUCAAUCGUUCAAAUACAGCUGAUUUAUUAAAUUCAUUAAAAGUUGAUGAACUUAAACAAUUUAAUGGUGAUGGUUAUUCUAUUCCAGAUUUAACAAAGAUAAGUAAUGUAAAGUGGUUGAAUGAAUGGGAAGGAAACAUGCAACUGAUACAUCAAUUGCAAAUGAAGAAAUUUAAAUCAAUCGAUGGAAAGGACGACAGUGAAGUAUCUACAGAUGUUGCAACAUCAACUACUACCACCACCACCACCAGCAACAACACUGAAGAACCAAAGUCAAUUAGAACACAAUUAGAAACACCCGUUACCACCAACCCAUUUGCUCUUCUUUCAGCUUCACUAAUGAGUCAUUCAUCAAUAGAGAAUCAACACGAUUUUAAGUGGAUUAUAAAAGCAAAUAAUUAG